AGGAGGAGUGUGUGACUGCAGAGAGAGCAGAGGACAGAGGGACAGCAAGAAAUACACACAUAUAUCCAAAGCACCCGACCGACAGGAGAUCUGUAUAUAUUAUAUCCUAAUAUAUCCUAUUAUAUAUCACUAUAGUGUCACCAUGACCAGCCAGUCCCAGGGAAUCCAACAGCUGCUGCAGGCAGAGAAGAGAGCGGCCGAGAGGGUGUCAGAGGCCAGGAAACGUAAAGCCCGGAGGCUGAAGCAAGCGAAAGAGGAGGCCCAAGUGGAGAUAGAACAGUAUCGGGUAGAACGAGAGCGGGAAUUCCAGAGCCAGCAACGCACCGCCUUGGGCACCCAGGGGGACCUGUCUUCUGAGAUAGAGACCAGAACCCGGCAGACGCUCCAGAUGGUCCAGAGUUGUCAUGGGAAGAAUAAAGAGGUCGUACUGAGGAGACUACUCAGCCUGGUGUGUGAUGUGAAAGCUGAGCUGCACCCCAACUAUGGCUUCACCAACUACUGAGGGCCCCCGCUGGCAUCCCCUGUGUGUGUAUGUGGAGUGCCCGUGUUGUGUAUAGCAGGAGGGGCUCGGCAUCUUUAACCUAAAAUUACAUCUAUGAGGUGCGGCGUAGCUGAGCCCCCCCCCUGAGGCUACUGUAUAUUUACCCAUAAUCCUCUCUGCUAUUUAAUUGUAUUAAGAACAAUAAAGACAGAACUUGUCAUGUAAACCUCA